AUGGCUCCCGAUGUGAUUGAUCUCGUCUCAUCGAGUCCGACGAGCCAUUCUAUCCCACCUUCGAGCCAAUGGCCCAAGAACAACGACACCGAGCUGGAGAAGCAGCAACCACCAAGUAUUGACAUUACAGAUCCGACCAAAGCAUCACACGUACCAGUUUCCAGCGGUCUCUUCCUGUCAGAUGACUUCGACACCACCAUAGACCUAGACGAACCGAUUUUGACAGAUAUCAACACAAAUAAGAGACGAUGUCUUUCCCCUCCAGCUCAAGCGCCGCCUGUCAAGCGAAUCUCUCCAGUCCCAGAUUCUCAAACACUUCUCCCACCAGUGCGAAGGAAUGGGAAUGGUCGAGUUUCUACCAACGAUCCCAUAGAGCUGACAAGUUCCCCGGGGCUUAUUUCGCCGGACAAGAUGAGACCUUCGGUAAAGGCUCCUACGAAACCUACACCGCAUGUGACGACUGAAGCUGAGGACUCUGAUCCCUUCGCAAGUUCGCCACAGCCAGUGCGCCGCUCGCCCCCGAAACCAAAGCCAGCAGUGAAACCUAUCGAAUCCUCCGAUCCUUUCGCGAGCUCGCCCCAGCCAGUGCCAAUAACAUCAAAGGCACAUGAAGCCAUUAUAACAUCCCCGCCUGCACCGGCCCCGAUGCCACCGCCUAAGAAGAACGCAGCAUGGGAUCCUAUCUCCAGUUCAGCCCCAGAGGUCUUCUCCUUCGAUUCAUCGCCACCAGGGAAGAAACGAGACGUCAUUAAUAUUGACGACUCAGACGGCGAGAACAGCUCCGAGGACGAACUGCCCGAUAUUGCAUCUUUCGAUGUGACCAAAAUGCGCCGUCGAUCGCAGAUUCAGCGCUCGCAAAGCGAUGUCGUAUCAUCACGAUCCCGAACAAAACUACCAGCCACAAGUAAAACAUCGACAGAGGAUCGAGCACGAGAAAAAGAAGCGAAGGCAGCAGCCAGAGAAGUUGAGAAGGAGGCGAAAAGGCGCGAAAAACUGGAAGCAAAAGAGGCAAAACUCCGCGAAAAAGAACGAAAUGCUGCGUUGGCUGAGGUCAACAAGCUGAGGACAGACAAGAAGAUCUCGACUCCAGAAAUGAUGGUCGAUAUCCCCUCGAGUCUAAACCCAACCGUGACCACUGAGCUUCAGGCCAUGCUAGAACCCUUUGAUGUGCAGUACACAACUUGGGACAGCCCGGUCGACAAUGUGGUUAAGUGGCGUAGAAAGGUUCGCAGUCGAUACAACGACGAUCUUGGUCUUUGGGAGCCAAUACCCCUUCGUCUUGUAGAUGAGAAGCACGCACUCGUUGUCAUGAAAGCCGAUGAGUUUGUCAAGCUUGCGCUGGAUGACGGGAUUUCGCCUCACGUUGCUAAAAUGCAGAGGCAUUUCGCCGAGCAUCAUCUCGUCUACCUUAUCGAAGGUCUCACUCCUUGGAUGCGCAAGAAUCGGAGCCUUCGUAAUCGUCAAUUCGCAUCUAAUGUUCGCGCCUCAGAAACCACAGCAGCUGCUUCCAACCGGCGGAAUAAGUCUGCUGAAUACGUGCCAGAGGAGACAAUCGAGGACGCGCUGCUUCAACUGCAGGUAAUACACGAGGUCCUGAUCCAUCAUACUAUGAUACCGAUGGAGACGGCCGAGCAGAUUCUUACCUUUACCCAACACAUAUCGACAAUUCCUUACCGCAAGCAGCGAGAGCUCGCGACGCUUGGUGCAGGAUUCUGCAUGGAGAGUGGACAGGUCAAGACAGGAGAAGACGCAAAAGAUACAUAUGUAAGAAUGCUGCAGGAGAUUGUGAGAGUCACAGCUCCGAUUGCUUAUGGUGUGGCCAAGGAGUUCGAUACAGUUAGUGAACUGGUUCGAGGCUUUGAGGCCACUGGGCCAACUCGAUUGGAGGGCGUCAGAAAAAGCGCCAACAAGGACGGAGCCUUCUCCGAUCGCACAGUUGGACAAGCUGUGAGUAGACGUAUGUACAAAGUUUUCACGGGAGUGGACGAGACAAGCACAGAUGUUUAG